GUCAAUUGUCAAUCACGUCAGUAUUUGUCAUAUCAAAACAAAAGAUAACAGUGUGCUAAUAUGAUAUUUACCUAAGCAAAAACGAAAUUUGUAUUGAAUGUAAUUGUUUCGAGUAAGAUUCAAGAUAAAUAAUAAUGAAGAAUGAAGACAAGGAGGAUGAACAAUCAGAGGUUUUUAAUUUAAUCCUAAAACUACAGCAAGAAAAGGUCUAUGUUACAAAUGAAAGGGAUAAAAUUCAACAACUAAAUGUAUCAGUCAAGUCAAAAACGCAAAAAGUAAUUAAAAAGUCAUGGAUUACCACAAAGCAAAGACUUUUGGAUUAUCAAAGGGAAUCCUGUCUACACAACAUAAAACAAUUGGAUAUAAUAUACAAUUCAAAUUUCAUAGAAGCAAAGAAAAGACUUGGAUUUCAGAACUCAGUUAAGGUUGGCAAAAUUUUGCAAAACCUUAGAAUUCAACCCCAAGAACUGGCUAAACUGUUGAUUCUUGGAGAGCAAUUAAAUGAGAACAAUUAUAAAGUAUUACAAACUAUAGUAAAUGGAUUGUACGGAUGUUUUAUAUUUGCUGAUGAUAAAAAGUUUAUGUUAACAUUAUUGUUAGAACUUGCCAAGCUGCAAUUGUUACAAAAUGAAGAGCCCAGAAGUAUUUUAAAACAUGGAAGUUCAUUUAGACAUCUCUACUUAUUGUUUAAUGAAGUCUCACAACCUGCUAAGUUCUUUUUAAGUGCAGCUUUACAAAUGCCCAUUCUGCAAUUAUUGUGUAAUAGUGAUAAUUACCUAGAUCUUGAUCCAGAUAAAAGUUUAAUGAGAUUCAAUUCAGAGCCACAUAACUUUAAGGAUUUUGAAGAAUAUCGUUCAGAAAUCGUAGCUAAGCUGGUAGAGCUAACAAACUAUUUUGUAGGAUCAAUUUUAGAAAAUGUUUAUGCUUUCCCAAAAUCAAUUGCUUGGAUUGUUUUCCACAUCUCGAAAAUCUUCGAUAAGUCGUUCGGUUUGAGAGAGGCCAAUGCUGUGAUAACAGAGCUUAUAUUCACAAUGUUUAUAUGCCCGGUGAUCGUCGAUCCCGAGCCACACUGUAUUUGUACUUUAGAAGUGACUGAGAUUGCUCGACACAAUUUAAUGCAAGUAGGACAACUUUUGCAGAAUCUGGCGCUGUAUAAAUACCAGAAACCCGAUUCAAAAUUCAUGAAUGUUUUCAACGGUUUGGAUAGGAAGAGUGUGGUCGAGUUUAUGGAUUUGUUGUUUUUCGAUUUGGAUAACGAGAAAGUACCACCUAUUGAAAGCGAACCGACUUUAACACGAGAUAUUUUACUUUUUACUGAAGCGGAAUUGUAUCAUUUUAUAACGUUUCUACAAAGAGUCCACUAUGAGAACAGAAACAAUAAUGAUAUUGAUAAAUCUACAUUAAACAAACUGUCUCUUGAAGAACAACUGGCUAAUUUAACCAUUGGUUUGCCACCUGAAUCUUCUAAAUCAGGAAGACCUAGUUCUGGCGAGGGAAGUGAUUCUGGUAGUAAUAAACCUAAAUUUUUCUCAGGAAAAAACAACAGUAUUCGCAAUAAUGCCGAAGACAUCAAGUCAAACGUCGUUCUCAUUUUUUCUAUUGAUGGAGUCGAUUCGGAACCCAUUGGAUUGUUGUCUGAAGAGAAAGUAAUAGAUAUGAACCUUCCAGUUAGCAAUAACAGUAUUUUUAAUAACGUACCUGCCGACAUGUCUCGCGACAUUCCAGACAACGGCGCCGCCAACGGCGACAUAAAACCUUAUUCCAAUUUUGCAGACGAGGGCUCUAUCGGAAAUACCUCGGACAACUUGGAAGCUAUAUCCGAAGCGGCCAGUAACCAUUCAGUGGCGAGCAGCCUGGAAUUGGAAAUUGAAGACCAGAACGAUAAUCUAUCCGACAUGGUUUCUGCAAACGUGUCUGGUCGUGGAUCCCCAAACAUUUCCGGAAGGGACACGCCAAGUUCUCAAGUUAAUGAAAAUGAAGACAGGGUGAUGGCCGAAGCUCGUCCUAGCGACGCCGCCCAACCUCAGUCGCAAAUAGCCAGGCAAAUUCGUUCCGAGAUCGAUGAUAAGUUUUGCAAGUUUGAGAUUAAGAAGCUGUUGGAGGGAGACGAGACCAUUUCGAUUAUUUCCGAAACGUGGAGUACCGAUGUGCUGGCUUCUGACAACGAGACCAUAGAUGGCAACGAUUCAAGAAUAGAAAGACAAAACUUUCAAUUGGUGGAUCAGGCGAUCCAUGAGGUUCCGAUUGGCAACAUCUUGGACAUAUCCGAGACGCAAAGUGAAAGUGCCUGGUCCACGGACGUGACAGCUUCGGACACUGAGCGGCUGAUUGAGAUCGAUAACGAUGAUGCUGGUAGUGUGGCUCAGUCGGACGACACGAACAGUGUGGCCAGAUCCGAUGACACUAGAUCUGAGACCGACGAAAAUGUGCCGCCUGGGCUUAGACGCCUUUCCUCCUCAUCAAAUUCCUUCUCCAACAAUCCGAUGGUCCCGAAUUAUGCCGCAAACAGCAGCAGUCUUCAGGAAUACAGACAGGAAGUGAAAAACGAAGGUGUUAACGGGAAGAUCUAUCAUUCAGAACAGGUCCGCACACAGGUAGAUAGCAAUGCGAACAAUGUUAUGUUUAAAACUACAAUGGAUACUCAACAAAUAGCCCACAAUUCGGUAUCUUACUCAGAACAUAAAACGGAAAUUAAAACAACAUACAAUUCCAGAUCUACUGUAACAACUGUAAUGAACAACGGUAUUGUAGCCCUCAAUAAGAACAAAGAAUCUGACAUGAACAAUUUAGCUGGACCGAGUGGUGUGAACAAACGAACCGAUUGCGAAGGCAUGGCCACUCUGAACUUUCUCAAGCCAAAUCGAAUCUCCAAGAAGUAUGAUGAAACGACGAACGAAAUGUUAUUGAGCAACUGCAGUCUGAACUCGAGUUCCAGUGGCAGCAGCAGUAACAGUUUCGAGAACAAGCCCACUCAUAACGAUAACGAAGCGUCGGAACAAUGGGAAAACAAGCCGUGGUUGAAUUCAUCCGGUAGUAGUUUGAAUGUUACGCUGACUCCCUCAGAGAGUACCAGCGAAUUGUCUGUUUUAAACGUUAAUAACAUUAAUAAUCCCACUAGUUUGUUGAAUAAGAAGUCGGCAACUUUAUUGAUUCAACGAGGUUUGAAGCCGACAAUUUCGACGGGGGCGAUUCCCAAGAGUAUCAGCUUCGAUAUGAGUGCGGACAAAGGUUUGGAGGAUGAGAAUAAGAAACGCAACAGUUUUUUGGGCAAGAUUCGCAUGGGAUUUAAGAAUAAACGGGGCAAAAGCAGCAGGGGCGACGAUAUUCGCAACGAUGCUGAUGAUUUUUCUUUAAAUAAGCGCAAUCCUCCUAGUUCUCCAGUUAAAUCCAGCAACAUAGAUGCUUCAGACGACAUUUUGGCUAAAUAUAGGAGUAAAUCUUUUGUUGAAAGUAGUCCUAUUAAACAAAACUGCGACGUUGUUAAAUCCUCCAGUGGAAGAAAUAUAGAUGAUAGAAAUUCCUGUUCAAAUGGUUUCGAUGAUAUUAAGAAGAAAUUACGUUUAGCUUUAAGUAACACCUCGGAAGUUCCUUAUCACAUUAAGACUUCCUGGAUUUCUGCAAAAUGUAAAGUGGAAACUGUAUUAAAAAUCGAACUUGGCAAAGCACGAACAAUGAAAGAGUCUUCAAAUAUAGCUAGGAUUUCAGAAGCAAUCAGAUGUGUGGCCUCCAUGGACAACAAUAAUUUUAUGAAACUGCUUCAGUCCAUGCGACAGGAUUUAAUAUUACGUUCAACUUACCUUCAAUAUUUGGUUGUAUCUAAACAGGAAUUAUUAUUCUGUGAUAAGUAUUUGGAUAAUUUGUUGGCUCAAAUUUCACAUGAGAGACGACAAUGUGAGAGAUACUUGGGCAUAAGAUGCGUGGAAGAAUUUCUACAGCAGCAAGAAGAAGCCAUAAAAAAUUUUUAUGAUGAGUUUAUGGGCAUAACUUUGGCGGAUGAGAAAAACGAUUGCUUAAACGAUUUCUUUGGUCAGUUGUAUUCUCUUAUGGAAAACAGCAAUUGGACAGAUGUAUUAAAAAAUAAGGAGGACAUGAUCAAGUCCAUCCUGGAAAGGGCAAUCAUGAAUAGGGUAUAUACACAUUCUAUAUAUCCAAAUGGCGAUGGAGACAGAGACAGGGAUAGCCUUUUGUAUGAUCACAUCUCGAAACUGUCUAAGGUAACGACCCCCGAGCACAAGGAUCUGAGAAUUCCGAAAGAAUAUCUGCGUGAGUAUCCCUGGCAUCCAGCACAGGAUGCUCUAAGGGCGUUGAACGCCAGCCGUACGCCACGUGAGAAAAUAAACUGCGUGGUUCAAUGUGCUAAAUGCAUCAUGGAUCUUCUGUCUAUGUCGCAAAACACGGGCUCAACCACCGCCGAUGAUUUCACUCCAGUGUUGGUUUAUGUAAUUAUUAAGGUUAAUCCUAAGGCCUUGUUAUCCACAGUUCAAUUUGUAAAUAGUUUCUUUAGCAAUCAACUGCAUGGCGAGGAGGGAUAUUGGUGGACUCAGUUCUGUUCUGCUGUGGAAUUUAUUAAAACUAUGGAUUAUUCAGAUUGAUUAAUUCUAUUCCAAACUAUUAACCAUAUGAAUACUAGACCUUAUAACAUGUACCUAUGAAGUAAUUUAUGUAUUUUUAAUAAUUUUGUUAGUUUAGAGAGCUUUUAUAUUUUAAAUAAAAAUGUCUAUACCAUUAAAAGA